CUAUACUAUGACGCAAUACACGCGCGUUCUCACGUUCAAUCAACCGUAGAGUAUUACGUUACCUCAUAGAGAGAGAGAGAGAGAGAGAGAGAGAGAGAGAGAGAAGCAGAAGGAAGGCCCAGUACACGUUUGACCACGCUACUGAGAGUAUCAUCCUUUCACAACUCGUACGACGUUGGCCAAGAAAACCGGUUUCAAGUAUAAUCCUUCGACUACGAUGCCCAAUUGUCCAAAGUGCGACAAACCAGUGUACUUCGCCGAACGGAAGACCUUUUUGGGUAAGGAUUGGCAUAGUUCGUGUCUAAGAUGUGAGAAAUGUAACAAGACGUUGACGCCCGGUAGCCAUGCGGAACACGAGGGCAAACCUUAUUGUAAUCAUCCCUGUUAUUCGGCCCUUUUUGGACCUGGAGGCUUUGGACGAGGUGGUGCUGAGAGUUACAUUUACAACAAAUAAGACGGAACAUGAAUAACGUGUUCGCGUUCGUUCAUUGCGAACAUAAUACUAGCAUUAAUCGAUUAUGAAGUUUGUUGUAAGAAUAGAAAUCUAUCCACCGGUGUGUACAUAUAUAUAUAUGUAUGUAUAUAUGUAUAUGUAUAUAUAUAUAUAUGCACACACAUAUAUGUAUGUAUGUAUCUAUUAAUUAUUAUGUACAGAUGUUCAAAUCGAAUCGAAUAUA